CGCCUACCGUUCACUGCACGCACUCGUUUCAACCUAAAGCUGACGCUCGCUCUGGAGCUGCGCCUGAUAGUGCCCAGUGCAAACCAAAACAAGGAUUUCUAGCUUUGCAAGUAGUUUAAAAAAAUCGUGAAAUGGACCACAAAGACACAGAAAUGAACGAAAAAGGAGUUUCUUCUUCUACGAGCGGAGUUGUUGUUCAGGUCAGGGAGAAGAAAGGAGCUUUACGCGCUGCCAUCCCAUAUAUGCCUUUCCCAGUAGCUGUCAUCUGCCUGUUUCUCAACACAUUUGUGCCCGGACUGGGUACGUUCAUCUCAGCCUUCACGGUACUGUGCGGAGCGAGGACAGACCUUCCCGACAGGCACAUGUGCUGCGUUUUCUGGCUGAACAUCGCAGCCGCCUUCAUCCAGAUCGUCACCGCCAUUGUCAUGGUGGGCUGGAUCAUGAGCAUAUUUUGGGGAAUGGACAUGGUCAUUCUUGCAAUUUCUGAAGGCUACAGGGAGCAGGCCGCCCCUCAGCAGCUCUGAUUGCUGUCCUCCAAACCUAAUCUUGAAUGUGCACCUUUCUCCUGUGCUGUCUGGCCAACGCGUACGGGAGCUUUGAGACGGACCCGACGUGGCCUGGGAGAUCCGGGGGUUGAUCACAUGCAGAUUCUCAGCCCAACUCAUGCUACUUCCUGGUCAGGUACUGCGUUAAGGGCACCUGACCGUUGAGGGACAGGAGAAGAGCAUGAACAUUCUGUGAAUAUCUCUAAAAAUUGUGCGAACGUGCGAACCGUCUAUGUGCCGAACACAUCCUAUACCUGUCAGGGAAAAUCUAUCUUAAUCGUACUCUACUCUGUAGUCUUAAUGUAUGUAUUAUACUGACCAAUAUACACUAUGGACAUUUGCAUUUUGUAAAAUAAAUAUAUUUGGUAAAAAUCUUUGAGGUAUCUAACGAAGUAGCUAAAAUAAUGUUAAAGGAACAGUUCACCCGGAAAUGAAGAUCACUCACCCUCAAGGAAAUUGAAAAUGAAAAUAAAAUAAUUUUCGGAUGAACUGUUCUUAUUUUGCUUCCCACAGAGCACUAUGAAUACAUAUUACACUUAAUAUUUAUGACAUGUGAAUUACAGUAUGUGACAUUACAGUGUCUCCAGUAUUUCUUUAUAGCGUGCUGUGUUUUUAUUACUCAGAUUAAGCCUUAUAAAGCAGAAAGUGUGUAUUUAUGUGGUUAUAUAAAAAAUACACUGUAUUCUGCGCGAAUACAUCACCUGUUGUUGUUAAUCUCUAUUAGUCUUAAAUACCCAGAGACCAUCAGCCAAAAACAUAACCUUUUUGCCCGGUAAUUAUCUGUUGUUGAGUAAAACAGCCAAGUAUUGGUGAAUCACGUUAGUUGCCAUAGUGACCGGCCACCGUAAUCAACUCAUGCAUAGGGUAUAAAAUAAUAACGUAAUUAAGUGUGAGUUAUUUUUAUGUGACCGACAUAAAAGGCACGGUGCAAAUCGAAAUAGUCAAAAUACUAUGAUUUAAGACUGACAUUGAAAAAUUAACCACCAAUUGCAAUUGCCUGCAUCAGCUGAGCAAGCAGGAUUUGUGCUCUUGCUGAAUGUGCGAUAUAUUCUGAAAAAUUCAACCACUCCGAAAUGGUUUCUAAUAUUUUACUCACACUGAAGAGUCUCAAAUUUGGCUGAGUCUCUUUUUUGGAUGUUUUUAAUGGAUAUUAGCUGGUCUCUGAUGUGAAUGUGUGCUGUAACUGUGUUUAAGGAUUUGUUGUAAAUAUGGACAGAAAGUGAAUUAUUUGUGUUAAUUUGUGUGAUGUUAUGUUUAUUGCUGCAUUUUAAAUACAAACAGCAUAAUCCUGUGCUAAGUCCAAAGGCAUAAAUAUAGUACGGCCAAACAUAUGUUACUGACAGACGUUAAUUAACGGAGUAAUAUCAAAUAAAUUCUGCUUUUAAAAAGUGA